GGCUAGUGAUGAGGACCUCAAGUCAGUAGCUGGACCUCCAACUCAUGAGAUCAACCAUACAAGCUACAUUGGAGCCAGCAGCAACAUAGAUUCACUCAAAGAAAGAUAUCUUUGCAACCAUGAGGAAUUUAACCGUGAAACCGGUUGCUAUAGAUUCUCAACUCAAGCAGAGCACGCAGCAAAUUGGUUUCAUACCAAAAGGAGUAAUGGUUUAGGAGAUAUUCCCGUUACAAGUCAGACUAUCUACACUGCAUCCGAACUGGUUCUAAUUAAGGAAAGUAAUUCUUUGCUUAAGGAGUGUGCAACUCAAACUCACGUGUGGAAACCAGGAGAUUAUUCAUUAUAUCUAAGAGCAGUUGGAGAGUUUCUACCAUGCACCAGCAGCCACAGGAUCAAGAUGAAUCCCUUAUUUGUCAACUUACCUUACAUGGAUGCAUUCACACUUGGAGUUAUUAAAGACCAACGGCUAUUUCCCCUUCUGUUCAGGCACGACUUAGAGACUAUCCAGACAUCAAAGGAGAUCCCACGGAUGCAUUUAUUUCUGCCCAAACUCACAAGAUACAAGGAGAGAAGACAACUUCCAUACAUGGACAGAUUCUGCACCAACUAAGUCCAACGGCUAGUUUUUCACUUAUUAUUUCUUUCCAAGUUAUUCUUUUAGGCAUUUGUGUUCUUUUCUAUUUAAACAGAGCUAAGUCUCAUUUGUAAAUCACCCUUGCACGAAAUUAAUAAAGUAUUAUUAAGUUUACAAAGUUUGUCUUUGUUUUGUUCAAUUAGUCUUUAGGUGGAUUCCUUUAGAUUUCUUGUCCGUUUGCUUGUCUCCUUAGUUUGUGGAUUCAUUCUAGGAUACAAGUGUAGGUCUCUGUCUUGGUGUGGAUUCACAUAGGCACAGGCUUCUGGUCUUAUCAAAGGGAUAUUUCCGCAACCCUUUGUGGCGACAAUCGACCCAUUCAAGCUUGACAACUCUUGUUGCCUUGUGAUCUAGCCUUUGUUAGCUUAGGCUUGUAUCAUUUUUGGUAUCAGAGCUUAAAGCCCCUAUCCCCAGGUUGUGUUCAUCCAACCUUUAUAUCUUUUAAUUUUGUUUUGCAUUUUGUUUUUCAUUUAGUUUUGUUUUGCAUAAUCAUAUAAAACCUAUAAAAAGUCAUAUUUGUUUCUGUUGCAUCUUGUUUAUCUUGUUUCUAUUUCAUAAAACCAUAAAAAUAAAAUUGUUUGUCAUUUGUUGCAUUUGUUGCAUUUAGUUCUUUAUUUCUGUCAAAAAUAUUAAAACCCAUAAAAAGUUGUGUUCUUCAUUUGUUCUUCAUCCUGUCGAUUUAAUUGUUGCUUAGAUUCAUAUCUUUAAAAAAAAAACAUAAAAGCUGUUAGAAUUAAGUUAAUAUCCGAGUUUCCAAAUUUUGGUGGAGUUUUUGAAAGUUUUCCUUCUUCUGGUCAACCGAAACUUAUUCCUUUCCAAAAGAUUUUUGUUUACUUGCAAACUUUAUUUAAAAAAAAAAAAAAAAAGAGAGGAAAUCAGAAAUUGCCCAUUUUGUUUAGUGUUUAGUAUUUUUUUCUUCUUCUUUCCUUUAACUUUGCUAGUCACGUUUUCUUGUUUAAUCACUUGAUUCAGAAUACUUUCAUCUUCUUCUUGAGAUAUUUAAUCCUUAACUUGGUAGACAUGGCGACUGAAGAAGAAGCUGAUGAGUACAAUAUUUCUGAAGUUGAUUGGGGUGAAGAACCGGGAUACUCAUGGGAAGAUCAAAACUAUGGAGAUGGCUCUGAAGAAGAAGCUGAUGAGUACAAUAUUUCUGAACUUGAUUGGGGUGAAGAACCGGGAUACUCAUGGGAAGAUCAAAACUAUGGAGAUGGCUCUGAAGAAGACGACCAGUGUAGAGAGUCAAGGGCUGAAGAUGGAUAUGAGGAAGGACCAUGUCGUGGGGAGCUUGAUUCCAAACCACAAGACCACUACAAGAACCAUACCAUCAACAAGAGCUAUUCUAAACCUUGGUUAAAAUUUACUGAUAAAUUUUAUGACUAUAGUCCAACAGUUUUCACCAAAACACUUGUGUCUUUUUCAGGAAACGAGAACUACUCCAGAUGGGAGGAAGACAUGGAAAAUUAUUUUUGGGAGUACAAAGUUCCUAAACAUAAGAAGCUGUCCAUAGCCUUAGACACCCGUGUAGGAGAAGCUUACCAAUGGUGGCUUCAAGAGGAAGAAUGUCGCAUCUACUUCAAGGAACCAACCCCACACUGGGAAUAUGUCAAAGAGCUGAUGUAUGAACAUUUCGAGAUGAGGAGAUUACCCCCUAGAACCUGUCCUAAACGUUUUGUUAAACUGAAACCGAGACAACUACAUGAGCGUGAGGUAACUUUAACUUCUCACUAUAAUUCAUAUGAUCAGUUUCGUUUGUAUAAGUUUUCAGGAAAAGGUGAAGACCCUAGAAACUAUCUUCAGUGGGAAGAGGACAUGGAAAGGUACUUCAAGUGCAACUCCAUUCCAAAAGGAAAAUACUUGUCCUAUGAUCUAGGACAGCUCACUGACAAGGCUCAACGGUAUUGGAAAAGAGAAGAGAAGUAUAGGGAACAAUUUCAAGAGCCUCCUAUACGCACUUGGGAGCAAUUCAAAGGGGUCAUGAGGGAUAGAUUUGCACCUUACAUCCCUACACAACACGCUCAGAAGGUGUCUACAAAGAGAGUAGUACAACCCCAAGUCUUGCAGCCGGCAAACCAGAGGCAAAGCUCAAAACCAGUGCAUACACCUCAUGUAAAGCACAACCAAGGUGAGUACUCUAAAUCUUUAAAACCACCUGAGGUUAUUUGUUAUAGGUGUCAAGGCCAAGGUCACCUUGCAAAAGAUUGCCCCACAAAACGAGCUGUGAAGAUGGCACUACGUGAAGCAAGAGAAACCAACUUGGAGAUAAGUGAUUCCUUUACUAGAAUAGAUAAAAAGUUUGAUGAUCUUAUCAACUUGAUUAAAGCUGGAUCUAAUUCUGUUUCUAGUAAUUCCAUGACUGUCUUAACACACUUGUGUAGUGCCCAAAAGGUUAAAAACAUUUCAGGUACUAACAUGGAAAUCAAGGAACAAGAACCCAACCUUGCUGCGCAAGCAAGUUCAACACUUGAAAAUUCUCAAGUCCCAACUAAUGAUAAGGUGAUUUCUGAACUUAAUGUGACUAAUCGUAACUAUCAAAACACUGGGAUGAUGCACUUGUACUCUGUCCAGAAUGUUUAUAAAGGUCUAGGUAAUGAGGAGACACGUCCAGAAGCUCAACAACAAGAGAAUAAUGAGCAAUCUAUCCUAGAGACCUCUACACCAGCUGAUCAUGCUUUAGAGGUAGCAAAUACCGAAGCUGAAUCAAUGCAAGAUAACCAGGUAAGUGAAGCUCUAAAUCUUACUCAAUACUAUUUUUUUGAAUCCUCCACUUCAAGUAUGAAACACUUGCUCUUGCCCAUAAGUGAUGAUUCAGGUAUAGGUACUAUGACUUUAGAGAAUAUGAAAGGUAUUGAGAAGUCUAAGAGAGAUUCAAGAGAGAUUAGAGUGUUUAAGAGAAAGUGUAUGAGAUUAUCAUGAUGAACUAGAGAGAGAGAGACUCAUAAACUCGUGUAUAUUAUUAAUCAAUCAGAUUACAAGUUAUAUAGUAAGGGAGAGAGACACUAGGUUAAACAUUAGGGAAAACAUAAGCAUGUGGAGUCAAAGGGGAAGAGGAGCGUCCAUUUGAAAUGAUCCAAUGGGAGAGCUUACACGCUUUGGUAUCUUGGCAUCUAAGACCAAGAUGCUGUUUGCUUUACAGCCUGGAACAGCUAGAGACGCGCUGGUCUUCUUCCCUCAACGGACUGAUCAGGAUAAGGCUGUAACAAGUUUAAUCUCUCACGGUAACUCCACUUGGGUAACUUUAGGAUGAUCCUCUUUCCCUAAGUGUACGGCCUCACUUGUACGGCCUUGGCUUGUACGGACAUCCCUCAUGUACUGAUUCCUUAUCAGAAUCCUCUCAUCCCUUCAUGCCUUCACCUUGAUGUCUCUUCUCUCCUUUUAUUUAACACUCCCCCUCAAGCUUAGACUCUUGCAAGGCUAAGCUUGGAAAGGCCAUGAGAUCUUCCUCAUUAAAAACCUCACCAAAGAAAACCCAUUGGGACAAAACUUUGAUGAGGGAAAAAGAGUGAAGAACUCAUGGCUAAGGGGACUCAGCCACUUGGUGUGAGAUCCAGGAGUCCUAGCCUGAUGUGAAUGGACUCCAUGGUCUUCUGUCUCGCGGCUUUGGUAAAGACAUCAGCUAACUGAUCCUCACUCCUUGUAUAGCAUGGCAAGAUUACUUCCAAGACAAUCAUCUGCCUCACCUUGUGACAAUCAACUUCAAUGUGCUUGGUUCUCUCAUGGAAGACUGAGUUGGUUGCAAUGUGUAUAGCCGCUUGAUUGUCACAAUGCAUAGUCAUUGGAGUUGCUUGCUCUAUCUCCAAAUGCUUCAAGAUCCCUUUGAUCCAUACCAACUCAUUGG